CGCCCGACUCCUGCCCCGCAUCAUCCGUACCGUCCAAAACAAAGACCCCCCUCCCUCAGAGCGCAUCACAAUGACCCUGCACACUAUACUGCAUGAUGCCGAGGUCGCUGCAGCCCUGGACGGAUGCAAAGACGCCGGAACGUUCGACCACCAGAAGUUCUUCAAGGCCUGCGGCCUGGCCGGCAAGUCCACGGAUGACUUGAAGGCGGCUUUUCACAUCAUCGACCAGGACAAGAGUGAUUUCAUUGAGGAGAAUGAGCUCAAGCUGUUCCUGCAGAACUUCAAGCACGGUGCACGCACCCUGAAUGAUGCCGAGACCAAGGCUUUCCUCAAGGCCGGUGACACCGAUGGCGACGGCAAGAUUGGCAUUGAUGAAUUCGUUAACUUGGUUAAGGCAUAAAGUGGCAACUGACCAACAGCACAUGCUCCCAUGGAACAACAAUGCCCGCCUCUCCCCCUUUUCAUCUGAACAUAAAUCAUUUUUAUACAUUUCUUAAGAGACGUUUUCUCCUACGCAACACAACACUGUCCAACAAAAUGAUGAUUGUGAUUUGUCGUUCGGUCGUGUUCAUGUCUUAAAUAUGAAUUUUGCUCUUUGUAAAAAUCUAUGCACUUUCCAAGGAACAUACAGUGGAAAAGAAUAAAUGUUCUUUUGCUACGGUCGCUCUUAUCGGAUUGGUCA